UCUCACUCACUCUCAUACACUUCACUCCUCUGCUCUCUCUGCCACCUUCUUUGUACAAGCUUUGGCUCUAUUCUCCUCUCUCUCUCGCUUUUCAUGCUCUCUUUCUUUCUCUCACAAAGUCUCCUCACUCACACAUCUGGGUCUCUUUCUCUCUCUCUCUGAAAAAAUGGGUUGUGCACAGUCAAGAAUAGACAACGAGGAGUCAGUGGCACGAUGCAAGGACAGGAAGAAUUUCAUGAAGGAAGCGGUGGUGGCUCGCAAUGCUUUUGCUGCUGGCCAUUCUGGCUACGCCAUGGCGUUGAAGAACACCGGCGCCGCCCUCAGUGACUUCGGCCACGGCGAGGCUGAAGACCCACUUCACCAAAAUGAGAACGACAACGAGCUUCACGACCAGCCAUUAGAGUCAGCUUCGAAGCCGCCUCCGCCGCCUCCACCACCCAUUGAGCCUGAGGACAGCCUUCCUCCGCCGCCUCCUCCGCUGCCUAGCUUCUCUCCUAGCCCUCCCAUCAAAAGGACUACCAGUUUGCCGGCUAAUGUUAAUGUUAAGGGUUCGAGAAGGCUUUGGGGAGGAAGAGAUACCAUUUCUAUAGCUGAAGAAGAGGAAGAAGAAGAAGAAGAAGAAGAAAAUCAUGAUCAUCAUCAUGGUGAUGAUCGUGAUGGGGGCAAUGUUAACAACAGGGAUGUUAAGAGAAAUGGUAAUGGCUUUGCUCAGAAAGAAGUGGUGCCAGGGACGCCACCGAUGUCGGAAUCGAAAGAGGCUUGGGACUAUUUCUUCAGGAUUGAUAAUAUGCCGGGUUCGACUUUAACCGAGGAGGAUGUAGGUAAUAUUGAAAAUGUGGAUGUGGGUGUGGCCCAAUUUGGUGAGAAUGUGAAUGUGGGGCCUGAUAUGGGUGUGGAGAUUGAGCCUAAGACACCGGAGAAAGUGGAGGAGGAGAAGGUGUAUGAGGAGGAAGAGGAGAAUAAAGAGGAGAAGCAAAUCGAGCACGCGAAGACUGCCCCUCCUGAGUUUAGGAGAGUGGCAGCACAGGGAUCAAGUGUUCGGUUGAAGACUAUAUUGAAGGAACUUGAUGAUUAUUUCUUGCUAGCCUCCCAGAGUGGACAAGAGGUUUCCAAAAUGCUUGAGGCCACUCGCUUGCAUUACCACUCCAAUUUUGCUGAUAAUCGCGGACACAUAAAUCAUUCUGAAAGGGUCAUGCGUGUCAUUACAUGGAAUAAAUCUUUCAGAGGUAUAUCCAAUGGUGAGGCUGGGAAGGAUGAUUUUGAUUCAGAAGAAUACGAAACUCAUGCCACUGUUUUGGAUAAGUUGUUAGCAUGGGAAAAGAAACUUUAUGAAGAAGUCAAGCAAGGUGAGCUGAUGAAGCUAGAGUAUCAGAGGAAGGUCAAUCUGCUGAACAAGCAGAAGAAACGUAGUGUGAGUGCUGAAUCCUUGGAAAAAACAAAAGCAGCUGUAAGUCAUUUGCAUACAAGAUACAUAGUUGACAUGCAGUCAAUGGAUUCAACAGUUUUGGAAGUAAAUCGUUUACGUGAUGAGCAGUUGUACCCAAAACUUGUUGCUCUUGUUGAUGGGAUGGCCAAAAUGUGGAAAAAUAUGUCCAUACAUCAUGAGAACCAGCUGAAAUCUGUUUCAAAACUCAAAUCCCUUGACAUUGCACAUGAACCCAGGGAAACAUCCAAACAACACUAUGACCACACCGUCCAACUUUGGAAUGUUGUCCAACAAUGGCACUCUCAAUUUGAGAAGCUCAUAACUCAUCAAAAACAAUACAUCCAAUUUCUUAACAAUUGGUUAAAAUUAAAUCUGAUCCCCAUUGAAAGCAGCUUAAAGGAGAAAGUAUCAAUCCAACCGGGAGUCCAGCAUCCUCCAAUCCAAGCCCUCCUCCAUUCGUGGCACAACUAUCUUGAAAAGCUUCCAGAUGAGCUUGUUAAAUCCGGAAUUUCCUCCUUUGCUGCUGUGAUAAAAAGCAUAAUGCUUCAUCAGGAGGAAGAGAUGAAGCUAAAAGACAAGUGUGAGGAGACUAGGAAGGAGUUCUUACGCAAAAACCAGGCAUUUGUAGAAUGGCGUGAGAAGUAUUUGCAGCGAAGGGGCCCUGAGGAUAUGGAUACUGAAAGAGGUGAAGAUCCAAAUCACAAGGAUCCCCUCUCAGAGAAGGAAUUUGUGGUUGAGAGCUUGAGGAAGAGAUUGGAAGAGGAAGUUGAAUCUCACCAAAAACAUUGUCUUCAGGUGAGAGAGAAGUCACUGGUCAGUCUCAAAACUCGUUUACCUGAGCUCUUCCGUGCCAUGACAGAUUAUGCUCAUGCCUGUUCUGACGCUUAUGAGAAAUUAUGGGCGGUCACACAGCCAGAGAAAAUUAAUGGUGGUGCUUCAUGAGAUUGUCUAAGCUGUUUUUGUAGUGAAGUUUAUCUAGUAUAUCUUUCUCAGCUGUAGUCUUCCAGACACACUUGUUUUAUUUUGUGAUGUGAUGCUAUGCCUUUUGUUCUUGUGUGGAAAAUCUUACUGUUAUAUCUAAUGGAAGCCAUUCACGCAAGCAUUUGCACAGGUAAGCAUUUUUUAUUCUGAUGGAAGUUACAUCUAUUUUUGUGGUUUA